GCAGCAGAUGUGUGAUUUCUAUGAAUUGCAGCACUACAAGCAUACAUGAUCCCAGGAAUCCAAGCCAUGUGAAAACGUUUACCUUUGACCUGGCGUAUUGGUCACACAAUGGAUUUUUAAAGGACCAAGAUGGCAAGCUAAUUUCAGCUGGGCCAAACAGCAAAUAUGCGGGACAGAAGGAAGUUUUCCGUGACCUUGGGCAGGGAGUUCUAGACAGUGCUUGGCAAGGUUACAAUGCUACCCUCUUGGCUUAUGGUCAGACUGGCUCAGGGAAGAGCUAUUCCAUGAUUGGAUAUGGUACAAACAGAGGCAUAAUCCCAGUGGUGUGUGAAGAGCUCUUUAAAACAAUUCAAAACCAAGAGCAGAACAAGCAAUAUCAGGUUACAUUUAGCAUGCUGGAAAUUUACAAUGAACAGGUUAUAGACUUGCUCUCUAAAAUCAAGAAGCGGGGUGGACUCAAGUUACGGGAAGAUCAACAGCAAGGCUUCUAUGUGGAUGGCUUGAAACUGGUGCCCUGCGACAGUUAUGCACAGAUUGAGAGGUUAAUGGAACAAGGUACCAAAAUAAGAACCACUGCUUCAACCAGCAUGAAUGCCACCAGCAGUCGCUCUCACAUGGUCAUCACCAUUCAGUUCAAACAGAUUUUUCUUAGAGAAGACAUCACUAAGCAAUCCAUUAUAAAUCUGGUAGACUUGGCUGGAAGUGAAAGACAAAAAUCAUCAGGAUCUGAAGGAGACAGGCUGAGGGAAGGGUCACGUGUAAAUCUAAGUUUGACCACCUUGGGAAAUGUUAUCAGUGCCCUGGCUGAGGCUGCUGUAGGGAAGAAAGUACUGCACGUCCCUUAUAGAGAUUCAGUUCUUACAAAACUCUUGCAAUCUGCUUUGGGAGGAAACAGCAGAACUAUUAUGAUUGCAGCUAUUAGUCCGGCAGACAUGUGUUAUGAGGAGACGCUGUCAACUUUGCGAUAUGCUGAGAGAACCAAAAAGAUAAAGAACAAAGCUGUGAUAAAUGCAGGUCCAACUGCGAAACUGAUAAAUGAGCUGAAGGCAGAAAAUUGUCAUCUGUUGUCCAGAUUGUCAGGCCUUGGAAACUCUGGUAAAACGGUAGCAGAUGAAACAAAAGAGCUUCGCUGUUUGCUAGCUGAAAAUGAGCUGCGGAUUCAAGCCAUUCAGGCUACCUGGGAAUAUCGUCUGGAAGAAGCCCGGAAAGAAUGGGAGCAGCAAUAUGCUGCAGUAACUCAGGAAAGAUGGAUGAUGGAGACAUGUCCUUAUCUUGUGAAUAUCAAUGAAGACCCUCAGCUUUCGGGCGUUCUCAAAUAUUUCAUUCAAGACGGUUCUUCAGAUGUUGGUCAGUCAUCCUCAAAUGCAAUAACUCUCCGAGGUUUAGGCAUUUUGGAUAAGCAUGCAACAUUCACAAAUGCUGAUGGUAAAGUUACUAUAACACCUCGGGAUAAGUGUAAAGUCAUUGUUAAUGGUGUCCCCAUUGCUGUGAAAACUAAACUGCAGCAUCUGGACCGUAUUAUUUUGGGGUCAAAUAGUGCCUAUCUCUACAUUGGACCACCUUCAGAUCGCACCAGCGAGGACCUGACCAGAUACGAUUAUGAUUUCAUUCAGUCAGAGUUGGCAGCAGCAGAAGGUUUCAGUGUAGAUAAACUUGGUGCUGCAAACAGGAAGGAUGGGAAGCCAGAUCCCAGCGUCCUUGCUGUGUUCCAUGAUUAUCUUAAGUUAAUGCCUUUGGUUGCUGAAGCCAAUCAAAUGAGUGUGGAGCUGAGGAAGGACCUAAUUUUGGAACUGAAAGUGAAAAAUUUGGCUUCCUCUGACUCUAGAGGCUAUGAUCUGCAAAAGGAGAUCAUAGUUAAAGUGGCGCACAAAGUUACAAACCAGAUAUGGGUUUGGUCAAAACCCAAGUUCAUCAACAGAAAGUUUUUAAUGGAAGAGCUCUAUCAGCGUUUCUUAGAUGGAGAAGAUGUGCAGGUUGACAAAGAAAGCGAUCCAUUCUGGGAUCCCGUGGAAGUAAUCCAUUUAGGAUCUGCUCACAUCUGGCUCCAGUCCCUUGCUUAUUGCAUGAAACUUGAGGAACAAACAGAACUCCUGAAUUCUGAAGGAAUGGAGGAAGCCAUUAUACUUACCAAUAUCAUUCCAUGCUCUCCAAAUGGCAGAGCCUUUGGAGAGGACGAUAUGGUCAUUGAUCCUUUGGAAUUGCUGGGCAAAAGAAUUGAUUUCCAAAUUCACAUUUUACAAUGCCUUGGAGUCAAAUGGAUAAAAGAAGUGGCACAGAGAGGGAUUCAGAUUGGAUAUAAAUUUUAUGAUCUCCCAUGCUCAUUAUACACAAAGCCUGUUUGGAAAAAUGUGAACCCGAAGAUAGAAGAGCUAGUAAAAUUUUCAACCCUUAAUAUGUCCCAUGAUUUUUUGAACUAUUUGCAGAAAAAUGCUCUGAUUGUUGACUUGUGGGGGCUUCAAGAAGGAUGUGCGCAACUGGAUUCCUCUCGGCAAGACAUGGCAUUAACAAGGGAGAGCUCUAUUAUCAUUGAUAAUCCCAGAGCCGAGGUUCUGAGACACACCAGUCUGGACACAGAAAACCAGAUUGCUGAACUUUACCAAAAGCUGUUAAAACUAGAGCAAGAGACUGAACUGCUUAGAGAUAUUAACAGAGCUCUAAGGGAAGAAAAUGUACUUCUGAAGGAUAAAUUGAAAGCGUGCGAGAUUGAAACCCAUAAAAGUAAGAUCUCAAAAUCUCCUACAAAACCCCAAGCUGCUAAGGUAACUCAAUCAGCGUCAAAAGAUUCUCGCCCAGUUUGCAAUUCUCGGAUGAGCUGCGAUGCAGAAUUUGCUAAAGCCCUCAAAGCCUUCUACCAGAAUAUGAAUGUGAUCAGAGGCCAGUUUUUGAAAAUAAAGCACUGCAGAGCUCCGGAAGAAGAUAAUGUGCAACUACUUCGACAUUUUGCUGAGAGACAGUCACACAUGUUAAAGGACUUUGGAGAGCAACUUGAGUCAAGUAUAAGUAAACUGAAAAAUGAUGUUGCUUUGAUAGUUAAAAAGAAACGGGAGAGGCUAGGUUGCAGCAAACCAUAAAGUCAUUGUACGAAAUAAAACAGUAGUGUUUCAGUAUAA